GUGGUUACAGAGGUCCGUGGGGCCGAUGGUAGAGAAUGAGAAGGUCUAUGCUGCAGCUUACAUUUUAUGAAAGCGAGGCCAAGUGAGCUCACUGCGCAUGCUCUGCCUUGUCCUAUCUGUUCUCCGGCAAGAUGGCUGCCUUAGUUAUAAAGAGUGCUGUUUUUGUGCCGCAAGGCAUCAGCACAAGAAAUAUGGCCACUCUGAAAGAAAUUCGUCUUCGUCUCAGGUCAGUUAAAAAUAUUCAAAAGAUCACCAAGUCAAUGAAAAUGGUGUCUGCAUCCAAGUACAAUCGUGCUGAAAGAGAACUGAAACCGGCUAAAGCGUAUGGAUUGGGUGCUUCAGCUUUCUAUAACAGAGCUGAAAUAACACAAGAUGAGACUAAACCCAACCAUCUACUUGUUGCUAUGUCCAGUGACCGUGGAUUAUGUGGUGGAAUCCAUUCAAGCAUAUGUAAAGCUAUUAAAGCUGAUGUAGCUGAAAAACCUGCAGAUGUUGAUGUCAAAAUUGCCUGCAUUGGUGACAAAUCUAGACUGAUUUUACAAAGAGUCUUCAGUGACAAGAUGUUAUUUCAUGUUUCCAAUAUUGGUAAGAAACCUUCAACAUUUGGUGAUGCUGCCAACAUAGCUAAUGCCAUUGUAGAAAGUGGCUUUGAGUUUGAUGUGGGAAAACUAUAUUAUAACAGAUUCAAGUCUGUGGUGUCCUUUCAGACAACAACUGUACCUGUGUUCACUGUUGAUGCCAUUUCAAAUUCAGAUAAGAUCAGCAUAUAUGAUGAUGUAGAUUCAGAGGUCCUGCAGAACUACUGUGAGUUUUCCCUUGUCAAUCUAGUAUACUUUACACUGAAGGAAGGUGCUUGCAGUGAACUCAGUGCUAGAAUGACAGCUAUGGAAGCCGCUUCAAAGAAUGCUGGUGAAAUGAUUGACAAAUUAACACUAAAAUACAACCGAACACGUCAAGCUGUCAUUACCAGAGAGUUGAUUGAAAUUAUCUCCGGUGCUGCUGCUUUGUAAUGGUUUUUGGAUUGUUUUGUGUGUUUUGAAUUUCCUUCAUUGUGGGUACAGCAAUGUUCCUGUUGUGUGACCAGUUAAAACCACAGUGCAUGUGUGCUUACUAUUACAUGGUAUGGAAUGUAAGGAAUCUUACAAAGUAUUCUGAUGUUAUGUAAUAAUAAGUUGUAUUAUUUCAGAAAAUAAAAUCACUGGACCAUUGAUCCAACUGA